AGUCAGCCAGCCAUGAAUCCCGCCAUGAGAUCUCUUCGGGGCGCCCGUCUCCUGCACACCUCGGCCCCGCUUCGAGCCGCAAUUCCAAAGCUGAGCCCUCAACAGGCCAAGGUUAUGCAAGAGCUCAACAAAAACCCAGAGGCGCUGAAGCUGGUCAAAGCCAUGCAGCAGAAUGCGCCACUUGCCCGAAAGAUGGCCGAGUUCAGCCAGUUCAUGGUGAAAAAGGGCUACAUCGACCCCGCCGACGCAACCAAGCAGCCUGGCUUCUCCACGAUCGCAAAGAUGAUGGCCGACUCCGAGGCACGACAGAAGCUCCAGGAGCUCGGGGCGGCUCUCAAAUCGGCUGGUAUCAAUCCGGAGACCACCGGCAUGGGGCUAUCAUCGCUCUUUGGGUCGACAAAGUCGGGUGGGUCGGCUGAGGCUGCCCCCAAAGCCGCCCCUGCGGCUCAAAGCGCCAUCGAAGGCACCUCGACAGACGCCAGCAACACAGCGGCGAAGAAGCCAAGCAUCACUGAUCGCCUGAAAGGCAUGUUCAAGGCAUGAUGUGAGGGCAGUCAUAUUGGAGAGGUGGCUCAGCGACCCAAGCGAUGGAUCGGAAUGUGGUUGUUGAUCAGUGGCUCCCCAGGAUUUGAGGGGAUCACCUUGGCAUCAAAAUCGCAACAAUUGCAUUCAUUCGUGAAAUAAUAAAAUGCCACCAUGAAUGUAUAGAUGAUAAUUCAUGGCAGCCCAUGCUACAG